UUUUUUCGAUCCUCCUUCCCAGACUCGAUUUUCGGAAUCCUCUUCUCUCCAGAGCAUUCAAUCGUCUGCGGCGACCAUGCGGGUAGCCUCCAGGGUCGUCGUCCUCGUCCGAGACGCCUCGGGCUACGGCGCCGCCCUCGCUGACGCACUCCUACCGCCGCCGGGGCUCACGAGGGAUUCCUCACCCUUGGAGCUCCCCCUCGACAAGUAUGGCCUCAAAGGUGAGAAGGCCUCCGGCGAGCUCGUAAGCUUCUCCGACUCCAAUUGCUCUCCUCAGGUAUCCUUUUUUGUUCUCCCGGACUAUAAGCCUCCAGUUGCUGCUUGCGCUAUGAAUGAGAUUUUAGCAUUGAUUUCUUCCGAAGCUUCCCCAGUUCAGCCGAUUAUAAUAGUCCCAUUCAUCACAAGAUCGUCAAGCUCCUAUGGAAUGGUCCGUACAACAAAAACGGGACAGCUAUCUACACUUUAUGGUUCUGAAAUAGGGGCAACAAAUGAAUUUACUCACAUGUUGGUUGAUGGAACCACAAAACCUCCUCCAUCUUUACAAAUACGCAGUGAGCCAAUACUAUGUUUGCUGGAAAUGGUGUGUGUGUUGAAGAUACCCAUAGUUCUUCUUGUGGCAUCAGGUGGGCAGCACCAAGGCAAAAGCUCAUCGGAUACUGACCUUGAGGUGCUGCAAUGCUUAGGAGAUCACUUGGGCAGGCACAUCAACUUGGAGUUCUCCAAACAAGCUGUUCUUGAGAGGGGGGUCGAGAAAUUGCCAACCGUCGAGGAACCAUGGCGUGAGCUUUACCGGUGACAAUUACAAAAGAGGAAAAGAACCUCACCGUUGUCCGAAAUAUUCUGAUGCUGCCUUUAGCUUUAUAUAAUCCCUCACAUGUUAGAUUCGGAUGUAUCUACAUCACCAUACCUGUCUAUCAACAAUAUUCUGGGUGUGCUAAGAAUUGUAAUGUCGCUCGUUGCUUUGUAACUGUCUCGAAUUUGCCUCACAACUUCAGUCGUCUGCAGUUCAAAUUUGCUGCUUUUUCUUGGAAUUUCAGAUAUUUUAUAAGAAACGCUGGAAGUUCUCCGACCUCA